AUGACUUUGGUCAGGCAAAGUCAAAGUCAAAGUGAUGACAAAUGGGAACACAAUCUUUAUGAACAAUAUGAUCCCCAAGUUUCAAGUACUGGAUCUUUGUCAGGAGGAGAAAGAGAUCUCCGUGAAAAGCUAUCCAGCAUGUCCCUUUCGCAGCCAGCGGUAUCUGCUUCAGCAAAGCCAAAGCCAGUAGCAGAGAAGAGUAAACCUGUUAGGAGAAGUGCUGCAGCUGAAGCUCAUGUAGCAGAGACUAAAAAGGUUGAUAGCACUGUUUCUAAGACACAAGUGGCUUUAGGCGUGGAGAGUUUCUUAAAGAUGCUGGAUCUUGAGGAGUAUUCCAGUAUAUUUGAAAGAGAGGAAAUUGGCAUGUCUCUUGUUCCAAUUAUGAAGGAUCGUGAUCUAUUAGCUAUAGGAAUCAAAGAAAAGGUUGGUUUAGAUUUUACAUGA